AUGGCGCGCUUUUCGACUUCUCACGUUGGACUCCUCGUCGGCUGCGAGGUCUUGACCUCCGUCGCUUUGGUCCUGUUCGUCAUCGCCCUGUGCGCGGGCAUGUCGCGCGGUUCGCUGGAAGGAUUGGCUAUAUUGACGAAAUCCACACAGGUCGACACCAGCUCUUUGGCCAACUCUAGCGCGGACAGCGCCUUGGCUAUUGCAGACUGGCACGAGGCCCACUACCUCUCCAUCUGCUCGGGUAUGUGGAAAAACCACACGGCCAGCCUGGGCAAAAACCACAGCACAAUCAGCUGCACGUCCCAGAGCGCCGGGUACACCUUCUCGCUGGCGCAGAUUGUCGGCGGCGACGCUGGACAGCAGCUUGUGAUUGCCGACCACCACCGCAGCACGCUGGACACCAAAGCUCCCUUCGUCCUUCUCGUGCUCGGCAUCGCUAGCAUGGGACUCACGGUCCUCAGUUUUCUCUACGGCGUUGGCGUUCUACACUCCGUCAAGAGGCGAGGAGGACCGCUGGGCAAGAGAGAGAUGCCGCUUGUGGUUUUGCGCAUGGGGUUCUUUGCGAGCAUUGCGUCGACGAUCCUGUUGACCAUCUCGUCUGCGAAGAUCACCGCGUCGGCAGGGAAGAUGGCGGGCAGGAUCCAGGUCGAUGGCGGGAAGGACGUUCACGCAUGGAUGACAGGCGGCUUCUAUGCAGUCACCUGGGUGGGCAUGGCGUUUGUCUGGGCGGCUUUGGGAUUGGUGCUUGCGGCGGCCUUCAAGAUUGCUGGCGUGCUAGAAAGGAAGGUGAUCUUGUCGCCGACACUGGCCCAGAAGGAAAGUUUCAAAUAG